AUGCCUCUUCCCGACACCAUGUUCUGCGCGCAGCAGAUCCACAUUCCCCCGGAACUGCCGGACAUCCUGAAGCAGUUCACCAAGGCUGCGAUCCGCACCCAGCCGGCCGACGUGCUGCAGUGGUCCGCGGGAUAUUUUUCAGCUUUGUCAAGAGGAGAUCCACUUCCUGUAAAAGACAGAAUCGAGAUGCCCAUGGCCACUCAGAAAACAGACACAGGCCUGACUCAAGGACUCCUUAAAGUUUUGCACAAGCAGUGUAGCCACAAGGAAUAUGUGGAAUUAGCAGAUCUUGAGCAGAAAUGGAAAAAUCUGUGCCUGCCAGUAGAAAACUUCAGAGCUCUCUUGCAGUUGGAUCCUUGCGAAAACAAAAUCGAGGGGAUAAAAUUUUUAGCGCUUGGAUGCAGCAUGCUUGGUGGGUCAUUGAACACUGCGAUGAAGCUCCUGUGUGAGAUCCUGACUGCUGACCCCGAGGGGGGGCCUGCGCGCAUUCCCUUUGAGACUUUCUCCUACGUCUACCGUUACCUGUCGGGACUCGACUGGGAUAUACCUGCGUCAGACACGGAGUCCUACCUCUCCUCUCUGAAGGACAGCGUAGACUCUAGAAAGAAUGGCAUGAUAGGACUUUCAGAUUUCUUCGUUCUAAAGAGGAAAAUUUAG